GAUGUGUUAUUCUCCUUUACAAAAAAAAAAAGCUUUGAAAUCGUUCGCCUUACAUUCUCAGUACGAGAGCCAAAAAACGAAUUGACCAAUGAGAUUGUUCAUCCAUCGAAAGGAUCGACGACAAAGAGGUCGAUACUAAAUGCGCGAUACGAUUAAAUAUCCACUUUCUGAUAACGAUCGUCAAUUUCGGCAAAUUACCGGUAAACUACUUAGACAAAAAUAUGAAAAUAAAUAAACAUUUAGAGAUAAAUUAUUUUUUAUUUUUUUUUUUGUGUUUGUGAUUGAAUUUCUCUUUAUCGAGAGUUGCUCCUCCGCGGGGAGACGACUCUUCACUAAACAAACGCGCUUCUAUAACGGGGAUGCUGACUCAACCACACCUGCUGCUAAAUACACUCCACCAUUCCCCUCGAACUACCCUUUAAGACACCCCGCACCACUCUUCGUCUUCCCGAAUUCUCGACGGCGUUCUCGUACACGAGCCAAAAACAAAACGCUCUCGCCUUGAUUCAUCCACGGGAAUCUCGAGAUUUUUUGCCAUUUUUGUUGCUGCACAUAGGACCAAAGUAAAGUCUCCCCCUCGGGAGAUAUAUAAAUAUAUAAGAUAUAUAGAUAUAUAAAAUAUAUUUCAAGUCCAAGGAAAUAUUAAAAAUUUCACUCCUUUCAUUCUUCUUCUAUCAUACUAUUAUUUCAAAAUUGAGUAAACAAUAUCUGACAAUUAUUUCUUCACACAAAGAAUUAUGAGAAUAAUUUAUAAAUUAAAAGUUCAAAAUUUAACAGACUUUUGAUGCAUUGAAAAAUUAGUUUUAAUUCUUUGGGAAAAUUGCUAAUUGAAAACAGUUUGGAUCACAUCUUUUCAAUGCAUCUCGUGACAAUGUGAUUAAAGAUCGUAGAACGAGAACAGAGCGGCAGAAGACGCAUGAGUCAUAGCAUCGUUUGGUAUUCCAGGCUGAAAAUAAUCCACUUGGUGCGCUACAUGGCGUUCAUCGGUUUAUGUCUCAAACCAGAAGCUUCAAUAUUUAAAAUCCAUUUCACGCGAAGGAAAGAUUAAUGAUAAUUUACUAAUAUUUUCAGUGAUUAAUAAAAUUUAUAUAUAUGAUUAUUACGAUUGACGAAAAUAAUCUUGAUUUCCUGUAAUUAUUCUAGUUUUUGAAAUGCGUUUUAUUUUAUUGUGUUUACGCCCUUACACAAAAUUGCACUAAAAAAAAAGGCAAGAGUCAAAUUGUCACGCGUCAAACGCAGAUAUAAAUAGUCCCGUACACGGGAGAUCUGGGCGAUUGAAAGUGUCUGUUUUAAAACAAACUGCAGACAGUUUGGUGCUACUAAUGAGUAGUUCCUUUUUUGUUAUUUUACUUGAAAAAUAAAAGGACAAGUGAAGUUAAAAAAAGUCAUACUCGGCAUUUUUUUAGAAAUAGUAAUUUGAAAAUUAGGUUCUAAUUAAGGAAGUUCUCUCCCUCCAACGUCAGUCAAAUCAAUGCCCAUUUAAGUUUUCAUUUGUAUCACGUAGUACUAGCUCAACGCUUGGCAACGUUGGAUUAUAUUUCCCCCGUUCCGUUUCUUGUCGUCUGCUAUUGUUUGAUUUAUUUUCGUUAAAUAAUAAUAAUAAUAAUUUAUUAUUUUAAAAAUCUUAAUUUUUUAUAAGCAAAUUCAAAUUAUUAUUCAUUAUUAUGAAUCUUUGAAGAAUAUACUAUUAUAUGUAUAUACUACUUAUAUUACUUUCAAAUUUCGCGCUUUUUCUAUACCUAACCUACAAGACGCAACGUUGCCAAGCGUUGUGCUAAGUAAUUUCUGAUUGUCAAAAUACGGUGUUUUUUUAGACAAAAUAAUUAAUUGUGAGUCUCCUAAGCCAGAUUCUCCAGGGUUGAAGAGGUGAAAAUUUAAGCAAUUCGUUUCCAUGGUAACCGAAAAUGUUUGAAAAUGGAUCUUGAUCAAGUAUUUACGUUUGUGCCUCUUGCGGAUAAAGAUUAUAAUGGAAUAUAUAAUAAAAAAAUACAACAAUUACUUAUUAAAUGGGGCAUAAAGGAUAAUAUUAGCAUUCAAAACUUCGCUUUCAAUGAAUCAUUUCACUCGUAUCAUAAAUAUCAGUUAGCCGAGGCAUUUUUUAAAGAUGAAACUGUGGCAAAAGCAUUAAAACUUAAAAAUGGUAACAAUUGGAUUACCGAAGGAACAGUUGCUUCUUCUGUUGAAGUUAAACAACUUCAAUGUUCAGUUUUAAAUAUGUCAUUUUUUGACAAAUUAAAAAAUUCUGAUAAUAAUAUUGUUUAUAAUUCUGGUGCCAUACAUAAGAGAUAUGAUGAAGAAAUUGAUGAAUUUCUUGUAUCUGACAAUCUUAGAGCAAUGUUAUUAAAUGAAGAAUGUGACGAAUAUGAUUUAUACACAAAACAUGAACGAGAAGAAUUUAUUUUUGUCAUAUUUCAAAUGCUCGUCUUGGGUGGAAUUUUGUGUCAAUAUGAAGACAACAUUCAAUGUUAUUUGGACGCAACAAAAACAAUUUAUAAAGAUUUAAUUAGUGUUGAAAACCAAGAAGAAUCAAAUAAAUUGUACAUAACUACAAUGGUGUUGAAAGUAGAUGUAAAAAAUUCUCAAGGAGAAUCUUAUUUCCCAAAAAAUCCUUCUCAUAAGCAAAAUCUUGGUUUCUUAUUAAUAGAACCUUCAUCGAGACAAAUAACAACAGUGCUUCAUCAAUUUAAUUGAUGAUAAUAAG